AUGCUCCUUCCCAAGGGCAGCGCCAUCAACUGGAAGAGCGCGCGCGCACGGCUACCGCCCAGUCGAGCCAUCUGGAACUUCCUCACCCGUACUCGCUUUCUGUUGUUCGUGGCCGUCGCCGGCAUAAUCGUAUUAAUAUGGAAUGGCGUUCGAGGGACCGCGGGCGAUUGGCAGAGGUUCUACUGCUUCGGACCCGCCAAAUCACCCAUGCAAAUGUCGCCCAACGAGCAGGCGCAGUGGGCAGGGCAUCUACAGACACCUGUCAUCUUCAACCACCAUGAACCCAUAGAGAUCAACAGCUCCUCGAUCAAACGCGUCGACCUCAACCCCAUCACCUCCACUCCACAAGCCCUCGCCAAGCAGGAGCGAGUCCUCAUCCUCUCCCCGCUGCGCAACGCUGCUCCUUACAUUGAGCAGCACUUCGACCUCCUCACGCAACUUACCUACCCUCACCAUCUCAUCGAUCUCGCUUUCCUCGUCGGCGACAGCACAGAUGACACCCUGGCCGUACUCGCGAUGGAGCUGGAGCGAUUGCAGUCGAGACAGGAUAAAGUUCCGUUCAAUAGCGCCCUGAUUGUGGAGAAGGACUUUGGGGUGACGCUCGGCCAGAAUGUGGAGGACAGACAUGGGUUCGCGGCGCAGGGGCCUCGAAGGAAAGCCAUGGGCAAGGCGAGGAAUUACUUGCUGUCCGCGGCGUUGAAGCCGGAGCACAGCUGGGUGUAUUGGCGGGAUGUGGAUAUCAAGGAUAGUCCGAGCAAGAUUAUUGAGGAUUUUGUCGCGCAUGAUCGCGAUAUUCUCGUGCCGAACAUCUGGUUCCACCGAUACAAGGACGGACACGACAUAGAAGGUCGGUUCGACUACAACUCGUGGCAGGAGUCGGAGACGGGCCGCAAGCUCACGGCCAGUCUGGAUAAGGACAUUGUGCUCGCUGAAGGUUACAAAGAGUACCAAACGGACCGCAAGUACAUGGCGCGAAUGGGCGAUUGGCGGGAUAACAAGGACAUGGAGAUUCCGCUGGAUGGGAUUGGUGGGGUUAAUAUUUUGGUCAAGGCGGAUGUUCACAGAGCUGGUAUCAACUUCCCUUGCUACGCCUUCGAAAACCAAGCGGAAACGGAAGGGUUCGCGAAAAUGGCGCGAAGGGCGGGCUAUGGCGUGUAUGGCUUGCCGAAUUACGUUGUCUGGCACAUCGAUACUGAAGAGAAGCCUGGUAAUGCAUGA